AAUCUUGUCGGCUCCGUUCCCAGACUGACUCCAAAUUUUAUUACUGCAGGCUGCAGCCGCAUCUCUCCUCCUCCGAUUCUUGGGUUCCGUUUGAAAGGGGAUCAGCAAGUGGCUUUGCCGUGGCAGUCAAUCCUUGCAGGGGCCGUAAAGACUCACAGAGCGCUGCUGCCAAAACGAAGCCGUCGCGUUUGACCUUCAGAAGAACCACAAGGGCUAGUAGUAUAUAUAAAGGGCUGUGUCUAAAGCUUUUAGCUUCGAGAUCCGAAAAUGGAGUUUUUGGAUGAGGACGCAAGGCCUAGGUUCCUCUUCCAAUCCAAAGCAGUAGCUUCUUCUGCCACAGACCUGCAACCCCAUUACAAGAAUCUGAGCAAACCAUUCAUUUUCUUUACCAUCUUGAUCUCGUUUCUGUUAAUGGGUCUUGCCUUCUUCCUCCUAUCCGAACCCUACCAAUCUCUUCUUAUAUGGGCCGCUCUCGCCCUCCUCAUUGGCCCCUUUGCUCCUGCACCUGUCACUGGUGGUGACAUUCGGGUUGGUCAUGGCCCAGUCGUCGACUUCCCAGAAAUUGCAACCCAAGUAGAGGAUGAAUCAAAGAAGAGGGUUUCUCAGAAGAGAUCAAAACCACGUCGAUUUGACGAAUUGGGGGCAGAUUCAACGCCCAUGCCUGAAACUAUUAGUGGGUCUGUGAUAGAAAAGAAAAGGAGUGAGGCUUCCGAAGGUAAUGGUAAUGGGUCAGUGUUUUUUGGUGAAGAGACGGAGUGGGUUGAGGAGGAUGUUGAGUUCUUGAAGAAACUGCUUUUGAAGCACCCGGUGGGGAAGCUCAGACGGUGGGAGGUUAUCUCCGAAUCAUUUCAAGGAAAGCAUAAGGUGGAGAGUGUGAUAAAAAAGGCCAAAGAAUUGGGAGAGAAGAAAGUGAGUGAUUCAGAUUCGUAUGCAGAGUUUCUGAAGAAGCGUAAGCCCAAUGACAAGAAAACUGAAAGUGGGAAUCAAGAGUUGGGUGAUGAGUCGGUGGCGGAUAAUGGUGAAGUGAAGAAAGAGAGUUGGUCUUCUACUGAAGACAUUGCAUUGCUGAAUGCCUUGAAGGCAUUUCCGAAGGAAGUGUCAAUGAGGUGGGAGAAGAUUGCAGCUGCUGUGCCUGGGAAGUCGAAGGCUGCUUGUGUGAAGAGAGUUGCUGAGUUGAAGAAGGGCUUUCGGAGCGCCAAGGCUUCUAACGAAGAGUAGACGAAGUUUGUCUGAUCAAAUUUUGAAUCGGAUCUGCAUUUGCAUUGAGGAGUUAAUUUUGAUGAUUCAUUGUUUUGUUUAAAUUGAAAUUGAGAAUUGUUGCCUAUGUUUGAUCCGUAGGCAAUUUCAUAUCAUAGUUCCAUUGGAGUUUGGUGAUUGUCCGCCCUUACAAACAUGCUGUAACUCAUACCUCUAAGUUAUUUAUGGUUUGAUAUACAGAAGUAAUAUUCAUGUA